AUGGAGGGCCUGAACACGUUUCUGAGCUUUCCCGAGGGGCUCGUCGGAGAAAAUGAACCGGGAGGAGGUGUGGAGUACAACGUAACGGUGCGGACGGCGGAGGGUGGGUCGCCGGCUCUGUGGAGCAGCGCGGUGCUGUGGCUGCGGGUGCUGGACGUCAACGACAACGCGCCGGUGUUCGCGGAGGCGCGCUACAGCGCCCGUGUGCCCGAGAACAACGCGGCGGGCGCGCUGGUGUUGAGGGUGCGGGCGUGGGACACGGACUGGGGGCAGAACGCGCGCGUGCGGUACCGGCUGGGGGAGGGGCGUGUGCGGGGCGCGCCGCUGUCGUCGUCCGUGUCGGUGGAGGCGGAGACGGGCGCGCUGUACCCGCUGCGCUCGUUCGACUACGAGGAGGUGCGCGAGGUGGGGCUGUGGAUGCGGGCGGAGGACGGCAGCGCGCCGGCGCUGAGCAGCAACGUGUCGGUGCGGCUGGUGAUCGUGGACGAGAACGACAACGCGCCGCAGGUGCUGUACCCGCCGGCAGCGCCGCUGCGGCGGGCGCGGGCUGCGGUCGUGGAGCUGGCGCCGCGCUCGGCGGAGCCCGGGGCGCUGGUGGCCAAGGUGGUGGUGGUAGACGCGGACGCGGGGCAGAACGCGUGGCUGUCGUACGAGCUGACCAACGGGACGGAGCCGGGGCUGUUCCGCGUGUUGCUGCACAGCGGCGAGGUGCGCACGGCGGGAAAAGGGGCGGAGCGGGACGUGCGUCGGCAGAUGCUUGUCAUGCCGGUGCGAGACCGCGGGCAGCCGCCGCCCCCCGCCGCCCCGAUCCUCGCAUCGCGCUGUCGCGCGACUUCUGCAACGGCUUCCUCCAGCUCAGCCACGCUCCCAGGGGCACCUGCGCACCACCUACAUCAUCGCCUCUCCGGUCUGGGUCUUUUUGCUAUUCCUCCUCUCCGUUCUCUCCUAUUCUCCAGCCAAGCUGUGUCAGGAUCGCCUCUGGACACGCUGUUCACCUGCCUGUUCCUGCUGCUAGUGUCACCGCGAAUUGAACAGGGACUGCGUGGACGACACCAGUACGGUCACUGCGUCGCCAGCUUAUCGCUACGAAGCAUUCCUGUGCAGCGGCUCGGGGAGCAGAGAAUUCCAACUCCUGAGCAGCACUGAGGAGAGGCCGGGCAAGGACGAACAACCGCUGAUCAGCUCGCAGCUCACGGGGGAGAGGAAGGUCGAACCCGGGAGCAGAGCUGCUCCUCCCACUCAGCCGCUUGACUGCCUGACGGGCAGGGGCGUUCAGGCCUGAGUCGUAUUGGGAUUCUUCUCGGUUUCCCGUCUGCGCUCUGAGAUUCCCGGGUGGAUGUAGCGACGGGCUCUGUCGUUCCCUGCAGGCUGCCAAGGCGGAGCCUCUUGCCCAGAUUCUCCGGCCGGGGAAGCCAGCUCCAUCCCUCCGGGCUCAGCCUCCGCUUCACGGUGCCGUGGGAAACGCCCUGUGCUGGUCUUGCCCCCAUGUUUCUCCAAAGCUACAGACUGGCCUCCCAGGUGGCAGGCGCACCCUCCUGCCCGCGGGUUCUGGGAAACAGAGGAAGACGCGGGGCAGGUGCCGGCGCUGCCCGUGCACUCGGGCUGACCUGACUGCCCCGCAGGGCUCUCAGCGCUCCGUCCCUGCGCUUCUCUCCCCGGCGCACUGUACGCCCGUCCUGCCGUGAGACCCCAGGCGGG